GGACGUGCACUCAUCAGGCCUCAACGGCUCCAUUCCCCUCGCCCUCACCCGCCUCUCGCGCCUCCACACGCUCGAUCUGCAGUUCAACGAUCUGUGGGGCCCUGUGCCGCCCGCCCUCUCCACCCUCGCCCGCCUGCACACGCUGGACCUAAACCGCAACAACUUCACGGGCCCUAUUUUCAACGUCGUGUCCAACAUGCCAUCGCUAGUCGACCUCAAGCUCUACCACAACCGUUUCACAGGGCCCAUCCCGCCCGCCAUCUCGCGCCUGCACCGACUAACCCACCUCGAUAUCGACUCCAACAACUUCCAAGGGCCGCUGCCACCCGCCUUCGGCCGUCUCAAAGCACUGUCUUACCUGUAUGCCUCUCUUACCUGUACGCCUCUCUUACCUGUACGCCUCUCUUACCUGUACGCCUCUCUUACCUGUACGCCUCUCUUACCUGUACGCCUCUCUUACCUGUACGCCUCUCUUACCUGUACGCCUCUCUUACCUGUACGCCUCUCUUACCUGUACGCCUCUCUUACCUGUACGCCUCUCUUACCUGUACGCCUCUCUUACCUCUACGCAUCCGCCAACACCAUCACAGGCAGCAUCCCCACGGCCCUCGCUGCCCUCCCCCGCCUCAAGAUCCUGUCUCUGAGUCAGAACCCCAUCACGGGCUCUCUGCCUGACGCCCUCUCCCGCCUCACCGCCCUCGAACACCUCACGCUCAGCGAAACCAGCAUCACGGGUCAGCUGCCACGCUCCCUCUCCGCCCUCACCCGCCUCACCACCCUUGACUUGCUCAACAUGAAGCUUCAAGGAAGCAUCCCCGCCACUUUUGGAGCCCUCACUAACCUUGUGUCCUUAUACUUUUCCGGCGCAACCUGUCCACUCGAGGGCAGCUGUGAAAUUAAUCAGAACCGUUCAUCUGUGUUCUGCAGAAUCUGCUCAACCUUCUGCUCCUCAUGCAUCCCAAUCAAUGGUCAGGAUCACAUCAAACAUGCAUCUUCCGAAGAGGGGGAGAGGAUGCAGGUGCGCCCAUGCUCAAGCCCCCUCCGUGCCCUCGCAUACCCCUUGCUGACGUCAUCCGGGCCACCAAUGGGUGGGCAGAGGGGCGGAGGGUGGGGGGAGGCAGGUGGAGUGACGUGUACAGGGGGGAGAGGGAAGGAGGGGAGGGAGGAGCAGGAGGGGAGGGAGGAGCAGGUGGUGGUGUACGAGUGGAUGGAGCACGGCAGCCUUGAGAUGAUGCUGCAGUCGCCAGGCGCCAGCCCCCUGUCGCUGCGGCAGCGCGUGGACAUCCUUGUGGGCGUGCUGAGGGCGCUCAAGGCGGUGCAGAGCCACGGGCUGGUGCACGGCGACCUCAAGCCCAGCAACGUGCUGCUGGGGGCCGCCUACGAGCCCCGAGUGGGCGACUGGAGCCUGGUGCGCAUGGGGCAGCGCGUGCACGUAGACAUGGGGGGGAGAGGGGGGCGGGGAGCCGGGGAGGACAUGGGGGAGGGGGGCGCAGCGGAGGCGGGGGAAGGAUUGGGAGGGCAGCAGGAAGGAUCCCUGACAGGCGGGAUCAGGGAAGACAGCGAGGGGGGGAGCAGGGGUGGCAGCAGUAGCAGCAGUGGGCAUUGGACCGAGAGAAGCAGGAAUGGUGUCAGCGCUGGUGGCGUGGGGCAGGCGAGUGUGCUGCGGUGCACGGAGGGGCAUGUGGAUCCCAUGGUCCUGCAGAGCGGCCUUGCCACCGCCACAGCUGACAUGUACAGUGUGGGCGUGGUACUGCUGCAGCUGCUCACGGGGUGGGCUGCUCCGUUCAAGCUACUGGAUGGGCAGCGCACGCACAUUUGUGACUGGGUGAGUCCGGGCACGGCAUGACAUGGCCCAGCAGCAUGUGACAGCAGGCGACGUCUCUCCUCUCCUCGACCCACUCCUGCCGCACCCUGCACCCCCUCCCUCCCUCCCCCUCUCCCUCUUCCACCUCGCUCUCUCCUGCGCCUCCCCCUUCCCCUCCUCCCGCCCCACGCCCUCCUCUGCCCUGCUCGCCCUCAAGCCCCUCCGCGCCUCGCUCCAGGGAGGGCGGACAGGCACAGGGGAGG